UUUUAGGUCAUCGGUAGUGGACGAAGCAUUGGCGCACAGGCUGUAGGAAGUUUAUGCAAAGUACAUACAUGCAAACACAGCAGAAAUCAUGGCCUCUGACGAUGCGUUUAAAGUUUCUUCCCUGAAAGGUAAAGUGACCCUGAUAACGGGUGCCAGCUCGGGCAUCGGUGCAGGUACGAGCGUCCUGUUCGCUAAACUCGGAGCUCUGCUGGCGCUGAACGGCCGCGACGUGGAAAACCUGCAGAAAAUAGCCAAACAGUGCACCGACUUUGGAGCUGCAGAGCCGUUUCUUGUUCCUGGAGACCUGACCGACGAGGAGACGGUGAAGACGACGGUGGAGCAAACCAUCGCUCGCUUCGGCCGCCUGGAUGUUCUGGUCAACAGCGCUGGAAUCCUGGCGAUGGGCAGCAUCGAGACAACAGACCUGGCUCAGUACGACAGAGUGAUGAACAUCAAUGUCAGGUCUGUUUAUCACCUGACUCAACUUUGUGUCCCGCAUCUGAUCAAGACCAAAGGCUCCAUUGUCAAUGUAUCCAGCGUCAACGGACAGAGAUCAUUCCCCGGAGUUUUGGCUUAUUGCAUGUCCAAGUCAGCCAUCGACCAGUUUACACGAUGUAUAGCGCUUGAGCUGGCGUCAAAGCAAGUCAGGGUGAACUCGGUCUGUCCUGGUGUGAUAAUCACAGACGUCCACAAGAGAGCAGGACUGGAUGAGGAGCAGUACGCUCAGUUUCUUGCAAAGUGUAAGCAGACCCACGCUCUCGGACGACCAGGUGAGGUGGAUGAAGUGGCCCACAGCAUCGCCUUCCUGGCAUCUGACGCCGCCAGCUUUAUCACCGGAGUCAACCUUCCCAUCGAUGGCGGUCGCCACGCUAUGUGCCCAAGAUAAGAGCAUGUAUAUUAACAUACAGCAUACAGUCUGCUAAUAUAGUACUUUGAAACACUAA